GCAGCGCCCGGUGACGGCAGCGCGCACGGCCGGGAGGCGGCGGGCGGGAAGCGCGAAAUGGCGGCGCUGCGGGAGCGGCGCUGAGCGCGGCGGGCGCGGCCUCUGGGCUCGGUACCGGCACCGGCCACGCUCAGCCUCGGGCUGCCAGGGCCCAGUGCUGGGCCCGGUGCUCAGCUCGGUGCUCAUCCCUCAGCCCAGUGCUCAUCCCGGUGCUCGGCCCCGGUGCUGGGCCAAGAGCUCAUCCCGGUGCUCAUCCCGGUGCUCAUCCCGCCUGCCGUGGAUCCGCGAGCUUUCCUCCUGCUGAAGCCACGAGGCCGCCGCUGGCUUCGUGUGACCACAGCUGCCCCCUGCCUCCGGACCCGGAGUGACCCUGCCCCGAGCCACCCGGCCCCCAGCGGGCAGCUCGCCGUGCCCGGCCUGCGUCCGACCGCCGAGGAGCUGCCUCCACCCCGCGGGGAGCCACCAUGGAGGACGUGGAGUCGCGCUUCCUGCACCUCCUGCAGCCCAUCCGCGACCUCACCAAGAACUGGGAGGUGGACGUGGCCGCGCAGCUCGGGGAGUACCUGGAGGAGCUGGACCAAAUCUGUAUUUCCUUUGAUGGUGGCAAAACCACCAUGAACUUCAUAGAAGCAGCUCUGUUAAUCCAGGGCUCUGCCUGCAUCUACAGCAAGAAGGUGGAGUAUCUCUACUCUCUGGUGUACCAGGCACUCGACUUCAUUUCCAAUAAGAAGCGGGAGAAGCAGCCCUGCUCCGUGGGGGAGGACGGCAGGGACGCUGACGCAACCUUUGGGACGGAGGAGGAGGAGUUCCUCUCCCUGGACGACAUCAAGGACACCAGCCAGGGCAGCGUGGACAUGAAGAAGGACCAUCGGCCCAGCGCCGUGAGCAUUGUUCCCCUGACCCCGAUGUCUUUGGUGCCCCCGGAGGAGGCUGAGAAGAGGAACAACCCCCUGUUCAGCCGGAAGGGCGAGGUCCUGGCCAGCCGCAAGGAUUUCCGGAUGAACACGUGCACCCCUCACGCCACCGGGGCCUUCAUGCUGGAGCUGGCGGGGCUCUCGCCCACGUGCCUGCAGGAUUGGCACCACGAAGGGAUCGCCGGUGGAGCAGCAGGAGCACGGUCCUCGGUCCUCGGCGGCAGCAGGGAGCCCCUGCACCUCGGCGCCGAUGUGUCGCCCGUCCAGGCACUGAACUUCUCUGACGACGGAGGUGCUGCGGGGCCAGACGACAGCGGGGACGACUUGCCCAUGGCCCCCGACGACAACGUGGAAAUGGCUCCGGCUGCUGAUGAACGCAUCGAGGCGCAGAGGGGCGCGCCCCAGGCGAAGGGCUACGUGCUGCGGGAGCGAGCCCCCGCCAAGGACCCGCAGGAACACAUCAAGGAGAUGCUGGAUCCGUGGCAGAGCCUGGACCCCUUCGGGGACUCCGAAGACAAGCCCUUCAAGAAAGGGAGGCCCUUCCUGGUGCCGCAGGGCCUGGACGACGUGAUCGGUAGCAAGCGGAAAAGGAAGGGGCCGAGGAAGCUUCAGGACUUCUUGAAAUGGUUCUCUGCCUCCUACAACGACGCUGCAGACGGCAGGAAAACGAAGAGGAAAGGGCCGACGUUCGCGGAUCUGGAGGUGCUGUACUGGAAGCAGCUGAAGGAGCGGCUGGCGGCACAGAGGAAGCUGCAGAGCAGGGCGAGGCCGCCCUGGGCGCUGCCGCUGGAGCGCGAGGAGGAGCCGGAGGCGCCGGAAGAGGAGCGCGAGGAUGACUUCGGGGGGGACGCCGAGGAAGCCCCAGAUGAUUUUCUGGAGCACGAGGACAUCCAGCUGGAGGCCCCAGAGGCGGUGGUCGAGGGAGCCGUGGGCCCCUGCGACUUGGACGCGCUGGGCUACGAGGAGCUGGUGAGGAGGAACGUGGAGCUGUUCAUCGCCAACUCGCAGAGGUACGUGCAGGAGACGGAGCUCUCCCAGCACGUCCGCCAGUGGGAGGAGAAGAUGGGGCCGAUGCUGCAGGAGCAGGAGGAACGGGCGGCCUUCGACAUCCACAGCUACGGGGAGCGGCUGGCCGCGCAGUUCGAGCGCCUGGGCGAGUGGCGGUCCUUCAGCAGCCUGGUGUCGGGCAUGCCGGCCUUCGAGGUGUGCCGCUACAUGCUGGCCUCCCUGCAGCUGGCCAACGACUACACGGUGGAGGUGGCGCAGGACCCGGGCCUGGAGGAGGCGGUGGACACCAUGCGGCUCCGGCUCCUCCGGCGCGAGCAGGCCCACGAGCGCUUCCGCACCUACCGCGCCUCCCUGCUCUGCGACUGAGCCCCCCCAGUCCUGUACAGCCCCCCCGCCUCCUGUACAGCCCCCCCACUGUGUACAGCCCCCCGCCCGCGGUGCCCCCUUGCUCAGCAAUAAAUACCCAGCUUCCGUAA